AUGAUGAACAAGGUGUUUGGAGGGACAGUGCACAAGAAGAGUGUCCGAGAGGAUGGAGUGUUCAACAUCACUCUGGAUAACACAUGUUCACUCUUCAGGGGCCUUCAGAAGGAAGAGCUUGUGCUCCUCACCCACGGAGACAGUGUGGAUAAAGUGGCUGAUGGAUUCAAAGUGGUGGCACAGUCUGGGAACAUUAUAGCAGGCAUAGCAAAUGAGUCCAAAAAGCUGUAUGGAGCACAGUUCCACCCUGAGGUGAGCCUCACAGUCAAUGGGAAGAUGAUCCUGAAGAAUUUCCUCUAUGACAUUGCGGGAUGCAGUGGUACCUUCACAGUGGAAAACAGAGAACUGCAGUGCAUCCAGCACAUCAAGGACAAAGUGGGCUCCUCCAAAGUCCUGGUGCUGCUCAGUGGUGGUGUGGACUCAACAGUGUGCACUGCCCUGUUGAACCGAGCUCUGAACCGCGACCAGGUCAUCGCGGUGCACAUAGACAACGGGUUCAUGCGCAAGAGGGAGAGUCAGUCUGUGGAAGAGGCACUCAAAAAACUUGGUAUUCAAGUGAAAGUGGUGAAUGCAGCUCAUUCCUUCUAUAAUGGUACAACAACUCUGCCCAUCUCAGAUGAGGACAGAACUCCACGGAAAAGAAUUAGCAAGACCUUGAACAUGACCACAAGUCCUGAAGAAAAGAGAAAAAUCAUUGGUGACACCUUUGUUAAGAUUGCCAAUGAAGUUAUUGGAGAAAUGAACCUGAAACCUGAAGAGGUUUUUCUGGCUCAGGGAACCCUCAGACCUGAUCUCAUUGAAAGUGCUUCCCUCGUGGCAAGUGGCAAAGCUGAAGUCAUCAAAACUCACCACAAUGACACGGAACUCGUUCGGAAGCUACGAGAGGAGGGGAAAGUAAUAGAACCACUGAAAGACUUUCACAAAGAUGAAGUUCGAGUGCUGGGAAGAGAGCUUGGUCUGCCUGAAGAGCUGGUUUCAAGGCAUCCCUUCCCAGGUCCUGGUCUAGCAAUCAGAGUGAUCUGUGCUGAAGAGCCUUAUGUGUGCAAAGACUUCCCAGAGACAAACAACAUCCUGAAAAUAGUUGCAGAUUUCUCUGCAAGUGUUAAGAAGCCACAUACUCUGCUGCAAAGGGUCAAAGCCUGCACAAGUGAAGAAGACCAGGAGAAACUGAUGCAGAUUACAAGCCUACAUUCACUGAAUGCCUUCUUGCUACCAAUCAAAACUGUGGGAGUGCAGGGUGACUGCCGUUCCUACAGCUAUGUCUGUGGGAUCUCCAGCAAAGAUGCUCCACACUGGGAGUCCCUGAUGUUCCUGGCUAGGCUCAUACCACGCAUGUGCCACAACAUCAACAGAGUUGUGUAUGUGUUUGGCCCAGCAGUCAAAGAACCCCCCACAGACGUCACCCCCACGUUCCUGACCACAGGAGUCCUCAGCACUUUACGUCAGGCUGACUUUGAGGCUCACAACAUUCUCAGGGAGUCUGGUUACGCCGGAAAGAUUAGCCAGAUGCCAAUAAUCCUGACCCCACUGCAUUUCGACCGGGACCCCCUCCAGAAACAACCCUCCUGUCAGAGAUCUGUGGUCAUCAGACCCUUCAUCACCAGUGACUUCAUGACUGGCAUUGCAGCCACUCCUGGCAAUGAGGUCCCAGAGGAGGUUGUGUUGAAAAUGGUGGCAGAGAUCAAGAAGAUCCCUGGCAUUUCUCGGGUGAUGUAUGACUUGACAUCAAAGCCACCAGGAACUACGGAGUGGGAGUAACUAACUCUUUUUCUACCCAAGUACUGUGUGCAGUCUAAACCAUAUCAGAAACCAUUCCCAGUGUUGACAUGCAGUACUGUGAAAGAGUGACUGAAGCUGCUACAUCGCAUCAGAUUCCUCUCCUGGAGCAUAAACCUGCAGUUGAGAGCUGUGCUGGGGCUGACACCGACGUGGGGCUGAGGAUUGUACGGGUAACUAGUCGUGGCAGCACUGCCAGGCGGGACAGGUUCCUCUUGCUUUUGCCUUUGUCUUACCCCUUCUCCCCCUUUCCCUGUGGUUUACUGUUACCUGUCACUUCAGUGUCUCUUUGUUUUUGUACACUGUAAAAAGAGACAGUUUUAUUUACUGCUACCAAAAGCAUUGUUACAGCCUGAAAAGUGUCCGAGGAGUUCUUGGUGACCAACUGCUUCCCAAGGAUUUACUAAGAAUAAAUAUUUUGCCAAAUG